AGCAACCUUUCAGUUAUAAGCCCUGCUCCUUAGCACUUGCCGCACUUGCUGGCCGUUGGUGCGGCUUUGUGAAUUCUAAAGGCUGGUAUCCCCUCUUCCAGCUGUGAUCAGCUCUGGCCUGCGUUUGGCUGCAGUGCCGCUGUGCAGGGUAGCAGCGUUGGCGCGUGCGCGCAGGGAGCAGGAAUCCGGUGUCGGUUUUCCAGUGAGGGCGCUAAAAUUAGCCCCCCGGCCAGAGCGGGCCGCAGGACUCGACGAGUUUCCCGCAGCCCGACGAGCCGCGCCACCUGAGUCCUUCUGAUCCGCCGCCACCGGAGCGUCUGCAGCGCGCGCGUUUCCCGUCCGGAAGGAGGUGCACCACCCUCCUACAGCGGUACCUGUGUCCACCUCUACCCUCGCAGAACAGGGUGUGUUAAGUGACCGCGGGCUGCGACAGGCUCUUUUGGGUCGAGGACGCGGACGGACACUCCGAUGUGAGGUGCCGUUUGGAGAGCUCCAGCUCUCUCACAGGGUGACAGGAGGUCCAUGGGCAGGCAGGAGGAAGUGGCGGGCGGGGCCACUGGCCUGCACAGCCCUGACCCGCUGGUGCGGGAGGCCUUCCUGAUGGCGUACGACUACAUCGACUAUGUGACGGCGGCGGCGGGGUCGCCCGUGCCCCCCGCCCCAACGCCGGCCACCGCCGCCCUUCGCCACGCCGGAGACGAGCUCCUGGUCAAGUUCCCCAUCUUCUUCCGCCGCUGGCCCCGCGUCUUCCGCGACGUGACCGAGCGAUCCGCCUGCCCCAUGCUGCUGGCCAUCCUGGACGAGCACUUCGGCCGCGCCCCGGGGAGCCGGCGGCGGGACCUGGCCUGGAGCGCCGUGCUGUCCGUGUACGUGCUGGCGGGGCAGAUGGCGCUGCACUGCCAGGAGAAGGGCAUGCUGGGAGCCCUGCCGCAGCUGAAGGAGUGCGUCGGGGAGUACGUGGAGAGGGUGAUCUGCCCGGAGCUCAGGGACAAGGGGGGAUGGUCUGGCUUUGUGACUCGCUUCAGCAAGAAGCAGGACCUGGAACAGCAGGUGAAGAAGGUGUGCUGCUGGACUCUGCUGGUCCUGGCCGCCAGCAUCGUCUCCUACUUCCUGUGGAAACGCAGGGCUGCGUAGACCACAGCACCACCUGCUGGUGGGGAUGAGACACUUUCAAAAUCUCUUCCAGCCGUCCCUUUUCUGGAGCCAGUUCACAACCACAGCUGGACAAAUCAUUGGCUGAACACUGCUGGCUAUCAAUAUGGUGUGCUGAACCAAGGAAAGGGGAGAAUAUAGUUAGGUUUUUUUUUAAUCAGCUAGAGCAGAACCCCUUUAAAACAGCACUUUCUACAGGAGGCAAGCUUGCCACAUGAGGGCAGCAAUUCUCCAUUCACGCUCAGACAGACACUAUGAAGUAUAUUAAGUAUUAAUAAUAAAUAAUAAUAAACAAUUAUAAACAGCAAAUUAUUCUUGGACCUCUCCUGUUCUUUGUCAUCUGUUGCAAUCUUCAUCGCCUUCAUUUAAAGAAUUGUUACAGUGUCAUGUCAU